AUGGAGAAGAAAAACGUAGCUAGAAGAGUGCACUGUUUGGUCUUAGCAUAUCCAGCUCAAGGCCACAUUAAUCCCAUGCUUCAGUUCUCAAAGAUUUUGCAACAUGAAGGGGUGAGAGUAACACUGGUCACCGCCAGUUCCUUCUGCAAGAACAUGCAGAACAUACCUUCUUCAAUUGCACUUGAAACCAUCUCUGAUGGUUUUGACAAUGGUGGGUUUGCAGAAGCAGGGUGCUACAAGGCCUAUUUGGAACGUUUUUGGCAAGUAGGGCCAGAGACUCUUGCUGAACUUCUAGAGAAACUUGAUAGAUCAAGUGAUCAUGUUGAUUGUGUUAUUUAUAAUUCAUUCAUGCCUUGGGCUCUAGAAGUUGCACGGAGAUUUGGUAUAAUUGGUGCUGUUUUCCUCACUCAAAAUUUGUCUGUCAAUAGUAUAUACUACCAUGUUCAACAAGGAAUGCUUCGAGUUCCCCUCACAGAAAAUGAGAUUAACCUUCCUGCAUUGCCUAAACUUCAACUUGGGGACUUGCCUUCUUUCUUCCUUUUUACAGAUGAAGAUAAUCGAGCUUUGUUUGAUUAUGCAGUGGGCCAAUUCUCCAACAUUGACAAAGCUGAUUGGAUCCUCUGCAAUGCAUUCUACGAGAUGGAAAAAGAGGUAGCUGAUUGGACAAUGAAGAUUUGGUCCAAAUUUAGGACCAUAGGACCAUCCAUACCAUCUAUGUUUUUGGACAAGCGACUUAAAGAUGACCAAGAUUAUGGUGUUGCGCAAUUCAAGAGUGAAGAAUGCAUGAAAUGGUUAGAUGACAAGCCAAAAUGGUCUGUUGUUUAUGUUUCUUUCGGGUCCAUGGCAGAACUCGAUGAGGAGCAAAUAGAGGAAUUAGCCUUUGGUUUGAGAGAUAGUGGAAGUUAUUUCUUAUGGGUGGUGAGAGCCUCUGAAGAGACUAAACUCCCCAAAGAUUUUGAAAAGAAGUCUGAGAAGGGCUUGAUAGUGACUUGGUGCUCACAACUGAAAGUUUUAGCUCAUGAGGCUGUAGGGUGCUUUGUAACACAUUGUGGCUGGAACUCUACAUUGGAAGCUUUGAGCUUAGGAGUUCCAAUGGUUACAAUGCCAAAUUGGUCAGAUCAGAGCACCAAUGCAAAACAAAUUGUGGAUGUCUGGAAAACUGGAAUCAGAGCUUCAGUAGAUGAGAAAAGGAUUGUGAGACAAGAAGUAUUGAAGCAUUGUAUAAGCGAAAUAAUGGAGAGUGAGAGAGGCAAAGAAUUAAAGAGCAAUGCCAUGCAAUGGAAGACUUUGGCUGCAGGAGCUGUUGGUAAGGAUGGAAGUUCUCAAAAAAACGUUGAGGAAUUUGUGAAUAGCUUGUUCCAUUUACUACCAACAUGCAAUGAACCACAAAUUAUUUCUUGA